CCUUAACGCCCCAGCGUUUCAAUGUAUAUAUAGCUGUUGUGAGUGAGUGAGUGCGGGAGAGUGAAAAUUAAGCAGGCGGAGAUGGAGCGGCGGUGGUGGUUGCUGCAUUGGGGGCUUGCGGUGGUCAUAGUACUGAUACAAGGAGGUGGCCGCGUUGAAGGAAGAGAUGUCACGUACGAUGGAAGAUCUCUCAUCAUUGACGGCAGCAGAAAUAUUCUCUUCUCCGGUUCAAUUCACUAUCCUCGUAGCACUCCUCAGAUGUGGGAAUCUUUGAUAGGCAAAGCCAAGGAAGGAGGAUUGGACGUCAUUCAAACUUAUGUCUUUUGGAACCUUCACGAGCCCCAACCUGGUCAGUACGAGUUCAGUGGAAGCAAUGAUCUGGUGCGGUUCAUCAAGGAAAUCAAGGCUCAGGGGCUCUAUGCUUGCCUUCGGAUUGGACCCUUCAUAGAGAGUGAAUGGACUUAUGGGCCAGCCCAUGAGCUUGCAAGAAUGGCAACGAAAAGUGUAAUGGAUGCUACGUGGGUUGUUGACCCGCCUCUUUGUAUUCAGAACCUUCUGGUUCUUGAGGAAACUGUUUUUGAUGUUUGA